AUGGAUUACGUCGGAGUGGAUGGCUCGACGGUAAAGCUGGCUCCGCCGCAUGAAUUCGGUCACCGUGCCAUUUCCUACGACCUCAUAAACAAUGUAAACUCUAUUUUGAACCAUGUGCACACAGUUGGCAGUGACGAACCUCUUGUAUUCGAGACAGGCACCUAUUGGUGCCCAAGCGGGGCCGGCACCCAAAACCAUGCAAACGCCAAUUCCUACCAUGGCCAAACGAGCUUCUAUUCAUCUCCUGCAUACUCCUCGGUCUAUCAUCCAUGGAAUAUGCCCGGAGGACGAUCCGCUCCCGAGGCUGCCUUCAACUUCAGCACCAACGCGGGUAUUGGUCCGAACCAGCCAAGUUCUGUCUGGAGUUACAUGACGCCCAUGGCUUCAGGCCAAUCCGAAUUCUCGGGGCCCUGUCGUUCCUGCUAUCCACAAGGACAAAAUAUCACCUUGCAGACCGGUGAGCAAUGGAAUCGGAUCGGCUGA